AUGGCCGUCAAGAUGGACAACAUCCGCCAGCGGAUCCAGUCCCAGAUCCCGGACAACAUCAGACAGCUCCCCGAGACCCUCAAGCCCAAACCCGCCCACCACCUCGACAACGGCGCCGACUCCAUCCCCGCCACCCUCGCGCCCACCCUCGUCUCCCCCGUCCUCCCCACCCCGACCCUCGGCCACGACGGCGCCGUCUUCACCAUCGCCUACGCCACCCCCAUCGCCAAACCCCCGCUCGCCGUCCUCGCCGCCUUCGUCAACCCGGCCACCUACCCCUCCUGGAACCCCAUGUUCCCCAAGGUCACCGUCAACCGCGUCCCGACCGAGCCCCUGCCCCCUUUGCUCGCCGGCUCCUCCGUCGCCGACGCCAAGCCCGCCGACCUCAUGCUCGAGGGCGCCCAGGUCACCUUCGAGGUCCACCUCGGCCUCGACCCGGCCAAGCCGUCCGCCAACUCGCACUGCAUCAUCACCAAGCUCGAGGACUUCAACAAGGUGAUCACGACGACCGCGGGCGGCGAGCACAAGGGCCUCAAGGGCUACCGCGUCGCCUGGAAGACCACGGGGUACACCCCGCCGACGUUCCUGCUGCGGGCGGAGCGCGUGCACGAGUUCCUCGAGACCGAGGACGGGGGCGGCACCGAGUACCGGUGCUACGAGACCUUCUACGGCCCGCUGGCGCACAUCGUCAAGCUCACGCUGGUGGGGCAGCUCGAGGCGGCCUUCACGGCGUGGAUGGACGGGCUGAAGAGGUUCGUCGAGAGCGGGGGGGAUGUGGCGCCCCCGGCUGCCGCUCCCGCCGCCGCCGCCGGGACGAACGGCGAGACUACCGCCGAGGCUGCCCCCGCUUCGGCUGCCGCCGCCGCUGCUGCCGCUGCCUCGUGA